AUGACAGUUGAAUCACAGCAACACAUUUUCGACACUUUUAAAAAGGCAAAUCAGGGUCAUAUCUUCAAAUUCUUUGAUGAAUUAACAGUAGAUCAGCAAACUCAAUUUUUGAGUCAACUAUCGACGAUUGAAGAUCCAUCCAAAUUAGUCGCAACUGUUUCUGACGCAAUUAAAUACUCGUCUUCAAAUUCAUCAGGUAAGAAUUUCACCCAGUUGCCCCCUGAGCAGACUGCAUCUACACUUGAUCUUGACUCUGAAAUAUCACAACACUGGUCGGAAUUGGGAUACCAAGCCAUUGCUGAGGGGGAAGUGGCGGUGCUUUUGAUGGCGGGUGGUCAAGGAACCCGUUUGGGUUCAAGUGAUCCAAAGGGCUGUUAUGAUGUUUCCUUGCCUUCACACAAGCCACUUUUCCAAAUCCAAGCAGAAAAGAUUCUCAAGAUUGAACAAUUGGCUCAGAGAAAGCUUCAAUUGCGUAAAUUGCCAACUAUAAUGUGGUACAUUAUGACCAGUGGACCAACAAGAAAAUCGACCGAGGAGUUUUUCACCAAACACAACUAUUUCGGAUUAGACAAAAAUCAGGUUGUUUUCUUUAACCAAGGUACAUUGCCAUGCUUUAAUUUAUCGGGAGAAAAGAUUCUUCUUCAAUCGAAAAACGCCAUAUGUGAAUCACCUGAUGGGAAUGGUGGAUUAUACAAGGCUUUAUUAAACAAUGGAAUCUUGGAAGAUAUGGUUAAUAAGAAAAUCAAACAUAUACACAUGUAUUGUGUCGACAAUGCAUUAGUCAAAGUUGCUGACCCAUUAUUUAUUGGAUUUGCUAUUGACAAACAAUUUGAUUUGGCUACAAAAGUUGUUCGUAAAAGAGAUGCCAACGAAAGUGUUGGAUUGAUUGUUCUUAACGAUGAUACAAAGAGACCAUGCGUUAUUGAAUACAGUGAAAUCUCGCAAGAACUAGCUGAAAAGAGAGAUCCACAAGAUGAUUCAAAGUUGUUUCUUCGCGCAGCAAACAUUGUCAAUCAUUACUAUUCAAUUGAUUUGUUGACGAAAAUGAUUCCUCAAUGGAUUUCAUCUCAAGAAUAUUUACCAUUCCACAUUGCGAAGAAGAAGAUUCCAUCAAUUGAUUUGAAAACUGGUCAGUUUUAUAAACCUGAAACACCAAAUGGUAUCAAAUUGGAACAAUUCAUAUUUGAUGUUUUUACUUCAGUUGAAUUAUCGAAAUUCGGGUGUCUUGAAGUCGACAGAACUGAUGAGUUUUCACCUUUAAAGAAUGCUGAUGGUGCCAAGAAUGAUACGCCAACUAGUUGUAGGCAACAUUACUUAGAAAGAGGCACUAAAUGGGUAAAGCAAAAUGGUGGUCAAGUAGAUGAAGGAGCAUUUGUUGAAGUCGUUCCAUUAACGAGUUAUGGUGGUGAAGGAUUAGAGUGUGUAAAAGGUAAAAAAUAUGGAAAUGGUGAUAUCAUUUGA